AUGGCCGAUCCAAUUGGGUCUAUCGUCGGCUUGAGAGUCGUUCAACUGGAUCAUGGAUUGGGUUAUAUCCCCGUUGAGCCGCACAUCAACUAUUUAAUAAAUCAGCAAUUUGGGAGGGCCGCUGCAAUAUACCCUGUUAAUAACAUUCAAUCGUUGGGUCGUCCGGCUGAUCGACAGGAUAAUGGACACCAGGCGGCAUCUCUUGCAAAUGUAAACAUAUCGGAUCCUCAUCAAGUCCAACCGCAACGACAUGCGAUGGAUCAGCCCCUCAGCUCGCAAGACGUACACAAAAUGGAGUUGAUGAAGCAGAUCGAAGACAAUAAGAGGAGACGCGAAAUGGAACGACAGAAAGAACUUGAUAUUGAAAGAAAGGAGAUGAGAAGACUCGAAGAAUAUAAUGCCAAAAUCCGUCGCGAAGAGGAAGAAGAACGAAAACGUGAAAAGGAUCGAGCUCUCGCCAUGGAAAGAAGGGCAGCCGCUAUAGCGCAAGAACAACAAAACCGUACUCGCCAAGUCCAGCAGAGGCCCAGCCCACCUCAACAACAAAACCCUCCUCGUGGGCGCAGGGCUUCUCUUGUAGCUCCUAGAGAUGAGGAAAGAGAAGACGAACAACCACAAAGAGCUGAAUGGUGGGAACGAAAGCCAAACUACGAAGACUCAAGGAAGUCGGCCGCGAUUCCGACGAUGAGAAAUGGGGUGAAUAUACGACCAGAAACACGUGGACGUCAUUCUUAUAGUCCGGCCGAGUCCGUGCGGCAACAUCAGAGCAGGGAUCAGGGCCGUGAGCCAAUUGAAGGCUCACGAGCUCCUUCAGCAAGACCAAGACGUUCAUCGAUUCCGCCUAGGGCUCCGCAUCCAGAUGACGAACGGCCGAUAAAGCCCGCAAAACAGAGUUGUAAGAUU